AUGGUCACCCAGACUCUGCUGGUGUUUGUGGUCCCUCUGUGCCCCUUCAUCAGGGAUCCAACAGCUGCAUCUAUUUCGGACAGAGAUUGUGAUACAAGAGAGGGAGAGACUGUAGCCAUGAACUAUAAGCCGUCCCCACUUCAGGUGAAAUUAGAGAAGCAGAGGGAGCUGGCUCGGAAGGGCUCCCUGAAGAACGGCAACAUGGGAAGCCCAGUUAAUCAGCAGCCCAAGAAGAACAAUGUGAUGGCACGAACAAGGCUCGUCGUUCCCAAUAAGGGCUAUUCGUCAUUAGACCAGAGCCCAGAUGAAAAGCCACUGGUAGCCCUGGAUACGGACAGUGAUGAUGACUUUGACAUGUCUAGAUACUCCUCCUCGGGAUACUCAUCAGCUGAGCAGAUCAACCAAGACUUGAACAUCCAGCUGCUAAAGGAUGGGUACCGGUUAGAUGAGAUCCCAGAUGACGAGGACCUCGACCUAAUCCCCCCUAAAUCGGUCAACCCUACCUGCAUGUGUUGCCAAGCCACUUCCUCCACCGCCUGUCACAUCCAGUAGUGAGGCCGGCAGGCUGUGAUCAGUGCUUUCCACUAUAACUGUAAAACUUAACAGCCAUUGCUUCCUCCUAUGGUAGGACGUGCACCUCUUUGUGUUCAUGGAGCCAGGAGAAACCAAAAAAUUCAUUUUAUGAUUGGUUAAUAAGUUAUAUUAAACUAUGGUUAAACAAAAGAGAAGUUGCUCAAAGUGCCAGGCAGUGCCUGGCAGAACUGACUGGUCUGGAGAGCAAAUGCAGAGGGGUCCAGAUAUACCUCUUUGGUUGGUGUAGGCACCGGGGAUAUUUUGUAUGGUGUCUGUUCAGAAUGGGAAGGGUCAGACAGGGCUGCAGGUAAUCCUGCCCACUGUAAAUAAUCCAUCUGUGAGAUCAGGGGGUGAGUCUGAGGUCUGGACUUUUACCAGUGAGAGGAGGUCAGUUCUUAGUUCAUUCACUAUACCUGUUUCAUUUGCAUAACCAAAAUGAUACCGUAACUUGGGCACAGGAAUAAGAAUGGAGCAGGGCAUCCUUUCUUAUGGCAAGGCUAGCCAGGACUAGCAUGACGCAAUUCAUUCACUUGUGAAGGGGAUAAAUAGGUGUCAUUUCACUGUGAGUCAGUACUAGCUAGAGCUGUCGUGUCACAUAUCCAAUGCAAUCUGCCUUUAACUCCACAUUAAAUUACCACCAAACACAUCAGAUUAAAUCUACAAUCCAUCCAUGCUCUUUAGGGAUUCAGUCCUUGCCCAAGAAUACCACACUCCUGAGUUCAGUCGUCAUGUAUACUGACUUCAGCAUAUACUUAAUUCCUGUGAGACCCAUCUGCUUCCAAAAAUCUUAAACUUUGUUCAGCUAAGAAAAAAUGAGUCCUACACAAGACAGGACUAGAACUGUACAUUCUGAAUGUCAGCGCUAGAAAAGCUACUUGAAGAAAGCACAUAUUUACGGUGCUGGACUGUUGAUACUCUCUUGACACUGUGUCUCUUGGUGCCUGUGGGAGAGGAUUAAUGCUGAAGGUAUCUGUGUGGUGGUGUCAGACUUCAGGGGAGUUUUCAGCCACAGCAGGAUUAUGAACAGCUUCAUCUGAAAAAAACCUAUGAGAGGAAACUACUGUUUAUCCCAUCUUGGCCCAUUUGUGAACCAGGCUUUGUCUGUGUUAGAGCUGCCCCAUGUCAGGAGCAAUUGUGUUUAUUUGGUGCUGAAAUAGUCAGGAAACCUGGCAUCACAUUAGAUUGCUGGACUGAAUUGCCAGUUCAACAGCAGAUUGUUUUGAAUGCAAAACCAUUUCUGGAAUUAGGAAGCGUGUCCUAUCCCUGACCAGUCUUACACUGCUGGCUUCAGCAUACGCAGGUCUCAGGCAAGGGACAGGCUGUCAUUUUCCUCGGUGUUGAAAUCUUUUGCCACAGGCAUGACUCUGUGUUUUCGUCCCCUUAGAGGAGGAAGGACCACCUGCCUUGGGUCAUCACUUGCUUUAUAGCCUGGGGAAAGAAAAAAGUGAGGGCGAUUCUGAGCUUCUGGUCAGAAUUCCUGAGUCACAAGUCAGAGCCUGAACUCCACCCCACCACAUAGAUUCUCAAUCUGAAAUCUGCAUGAAGUGAGCUGAAUCUUUAAGAAGUCCUCUUCAUGUUUAGGAGGAGAUUUAUUUAAAAUCUUGGGGUUUCAUGCUGUGCAGUACAAAGCACGAUACCAUCCACAGCAUUAGUAAAAGAGCAGGCACACAAGAUUCCUGGGAUUUCUUAUUCACUAGCUGGUAUGGGCAACUGUUAAAUCGAUUUUUGCUGCCCCCACCCUACCCCAAAACAGCACGCUGCUGCCCUGGCUCCAGGCCAUAGAAAGAGGACUGAGUGGUGCUGUUUACUGAGCAUCUCUGCCUCCUCGUGCAGAAAUGCUGAUGAACUUGCCAGCUCCUCUACAACGAGUGUUUUCCUCUAGUGAAUUCCUCUCCCUUUCUCACCACUUGAUAAUGCAGAGGGAGAAUGUCUCCGAAAUGUUUGUAAAGAAACAUAAAGCAUCAGGUCUCCAAUUCUUCACUUAUUCCUUCGUAUGCCUGCUUUCCUCUCCAGUGCUAGCUCAUGUUGAGGUUAGCAAGCUGUCUAGAGGUGUGGGAAGAGCUUUAACAACACUGUGUAGAGAGAAAAGAUAAAAGGGGAUAAACAUUCCUUAAGGAGUCUUUAAUGGGGAAUGUAACAAACACUGUUAUCAAACCAAAUCCUACAGGACAUGACUGAGUCUCCUUAAAUCUUCACUCUUCUAAAGAGGUGCUUUGCAGUUCAGUACUGGUACCAUGCACAAUCUUCAUCACAUUUAUCCUCUUGGGUCAGUCUCUGUGCCUUCCAGCUGGGCUGCACACACUCAGCCUUUCCCACAGCCCUUGCUCAGGAGCUUGGAGCAUUUCAGUGUGCUUGCUAGAGCAACAAGCCAUCUGCUUACAUGGGUCAGUCAUGAAGGACUGCAGGUCCCACAGGUCUCUGUCAUGCUGCUGUUGUGUUUGGUCUAAGACAGAAUGAAGCUUGCUGACACUGGAUCUCCCAGGGUUAACGCCUCCUCUCUGAAGGACAGACCUUCCCUGAUAACCACCGCCCCACAGCAUCACAGCCAAGUCCUUCUAUUGCCCUUGUUGCUGUUUUUUGCCUGCCAUGUUCAGUGAGGCAUUCCUCAAGCCUGCAACCCUGCAACUGCCCUCAGCCCUUUGCAUUGUGUGAUGUGCAUCUGCUUCUAGCACAACCCUUUAGGGAGGGAGGGAGAUUAAUUUAAAUUUUACACUCAAUUCUUCCUCCAAAUACAGAUCGAAGCGCAAGCGCAAGUCAAGUGUUUUUUCCUGUGCACAGGAGUCGAUUGCACAAAUAGCUGGUUUGGAAUGACAGUACAGGACCAUAAAAUGGCAAUUUUUUGGCUUCUCCUCUCUAUGCUUUGUGUUCAUAUAUUUUAUUAGGGGAAUAAAGUAGAAAGGGUGGGGAAAAGUAGUUACCUGUGUAGGGUCAUUAUCAGGAAGGCUGAAUGGAUUAAGGCAAUGCACAUGUGGCAGUCACAGAAAAUUGAACACUAACCCUUCUGAACCACAGCCCCUUGAGCAGGUGAUGACCAUGUGGCGUGUUUGUUGGCUCAUUAUGGAAUAUGGUGGACAGUCCGUCAGUAUAUAUUAACUGCAGAUUGGGCUGGCUCUCCCUGUUUGGUGUUGUGCUCAGACCUUUGCUUCAGCCAGAAGGUUUUCCUUGUGCCCUUGUUGGAGGUUACACUGUGGUGACUUCCCAGGAAGGUGUACUGAUACAUGGCCAUUCUGGCAGUGCUCUCCUUAGACCAGUCUCUGCCACCAUGGCCCAGAGAAGGCAAAAGCAAAGAACACGGACCCUGACUCUCUGUCGCAGCAUUAUACAGCCCUAAAAUCUGCAGAGCUUCUGGGCACUAUCCUAAAUGCAGAUUGCAUGCAAGAAAGCAAAUUGUUCCUUGUUCUAGUCUUUGUACCAAACCAGAUGGUCUUCUCAGGCCCCAUUUUCAGUCCAAAGUUGUACAGAAUACCAAGGGGAGGAACACCAUGGGGUAUGAAAGGCAGCAUCACUGUCCAUCUGAAUUACCAUGCAAACAGAAUUUAAGGAUAUUGAUGCUGAUGCCUCCACAAAGGAAUUUGCAUUUGAUGCCUCCUAAAUUGAGACUGGCUUUCUGUUAGGAUUUUAUUUAAUUUCAGUCACCAAAUUACCUGAGUUUAAAGCAAGUCCUUUCCUUUCAUCAGAUGUUAAUUUUGCCCUUUAAUGUGAGCUGGCUUUGAACUUGGGAGUUCUCUCAACUCUGUCUCUCUGGUCUGCAGACUCCCCAUUUCCAGAUGUCUGUGUGAGGAGGAACAUCCUCCUAGUGUUGAGGAAGGUCUUUAGGUAACAUGGUCUAGUCUGCUUUUCUGGUGUUUGUAAAUAAAUUUUGGCUGAAAGGAGGCUGAUGUCUAGGUGACCAUCCCAAAGGCUCAUUUGAUGUCUUAUCGGACAUAUCUUGAAGCCAACCUUUGGAAGAGCCACUGGAUCUUAUCUGACUGCAUGUCUACCCCCAACAUGUACGCUUGGCCAUUAGCUCUGCUAUGCUGUACUGGCUGUCUUGCCUGCAGGUGCCUUGCAACUGCAAAAGCAGGCAACCAAGCCUGCUGCAUGGACUUUGAAAGGGACUUCAGGAUGCUCCCGCAUGGACAGGAUGGACUCAGCUGCUGUUUCUGGUAUGUCUCCAGCUCCUUUCCCAAAAGGAGGCACCAGCUCUGUUCAGGUGUGUGCUGGCUGACACACUGGUCUGAGAUCUGGAGCAGAAUCCUUUCCUCUCCAUGCAGAGUGUCCUCAGGCUGGCCUGAGAGCUGUGCAGUGGGAUGCAGGAGGCUUGAAAAGUACAGUGCCCUGCAUGUGUCUCAACAGAAACAUAAAGAUGCUUUGAAGAAAAGAAGGACCCAGCUGGGCACCAGAUGGAAUGACAGGAAGAGGAAAACAAGCAGUAACUAGAAAGGUUGCCAAGUGCUGUCUUGGCCUAGGGCAGAUCCCAGUUGUUGGAGUUAAUCUAUUUCAGUGCAGUGCUGAUACCAGCAGGGAGCAAAGCUCUCUUUCAGGUGCACACGCCAGAAACAUUGUGUCCCUGAGCUGGCACUGCAGCCAAAUACUCCUGCGGAGAAUCUGCUGGACUGUUAGAGCGCAGAAAUGAGAUCCGGGGUCCUUUGCUGCUGUUGGCACGUGGUACACAUUGGCUUUAACCUCAGGCAAGUCACAUCCCCUCUUGACGUCUAUGUCCUUCUGCAGCACAGGGGAGAAACCUUCCUUCCCAAGAGUCUGCCACCAUCCUGCAUGGAUGUUGCCGAGUGUGUGAUGGGCACCAUUGAUAGCAUAGCUCAGCAAGCAAGAUGCAGAAAGCAUGCUAUAGAAAUUUUGCUCCUAUUUUCAAAGUACUACUCUGCUUUCCCUCUGUUUACCGGCUUCUGAUGUUGCUUGCAUGUGCCAGAAGGCUGCAGGGUGGAGGUUAAUAGAGAGAUUAAACAGCAUUCGGGGAAAGUGUUUGGCAAGGAUGUGUUUCCCAAUUAUUUGGCAGCUGGCUCUCACACAACUGGCUUCUCAAUCUGCGUGCUGCCACAGGGAACAUGUAAGAAGAUUUGGUGGCCCAACAGCACCAUCCCCUGCUAGUAGAAUUAAGGAAUUUAGGAGUGCAGCUGGGGUAGCAAGUGCUGGUGGGAGGGAAGAGAUCAGUGGAGGGCUCAUUUGGGAUGUUCCCACGGCCAUUUCAUACUCUUAGCAUCCAUGUAAUCAUCCAAGGAUUUAAACUGGAAGUUUUGCCUGGCCUCUUCCUUUUCUUUUCCAUUCUCCCUUCUAAGCUCACAUGAGGUAUGGCCCCUCUUACCUAGAAUGAAGUAGGCUUUGUCACCUGGCUGCUGCUUGGCUCAGCAAGCACAGGCUGCGCGUUCAGAAGAAACACCUGCACAUAUGGGCAGUGCCACAGGGCAAGAUGGGCUAGGUUGAGCCUAAGAGGAAGGCGUGGGAAGAUCUUCAUUUUCAGGUGCUUUUCACUUCUAGGAAAACAUUGCAUCCUUGUCACUUCCUUUCAAGGCUUUCCUGUGGGAGGGAUUGCUCCAAACCUUGAACUGCAUCUCAUCAGACAAACCCACCUCCGUUACAGAGCCACACAAGCCCUGAAGCAGAAAAGUUAGCAGUUUAGCAGAGAGGAAGAGGUUGUGACCUGGGAUUACCUAUGGAAGAUUAAUGCAGGUUUCUCACAAGGGCUGGCAUCUAUAUUUUAACUCCCUGCACUAUGCAUCUGAGCUGCUGCAUUGCUUCCAGAAAAUUAUACCUACACCCUCUCCUUUGUCCCCCAUGUCUUUGGUGGCAGUCUCAGGAUCACAGCAGCUAAACGCUGCCUGCUGAGCACUGAGGAGGCAAAGGUUGGGGACUAAUUGAGAUUACAUGAAGCAGAGCACCGUGGCCCAUGCAACCAUGCAGCAAACCAUGUUGCAAACCAGCAGACACUGGCAGGACAGAUUGCAGCUUUCCGUCAUGCCUGUAGAGAGAGUCCUUCCCAUCGCUUCCCAGACCCAUUUGCCACUUGAGCCUUUCUCUAAAAGCUACUCCAGCAAAAGAUGGAUUUGUUCCUGGAAGGAGCCCAUCUAGAUGGUUGUGCCUGGUCUGUGGAACCAUUUCCAUAGUAACAAGUUGUGUUACAGGUGGUGGGAUUACAUCGGUAGUGGAAGUUACAAAAGAAGCCUCAUUAACAUGUGACCAUCUCAGAUGUGUCAGUGGAAGCCAGCACAGUAGGCACCAGGAAAAGAAAAGGCCACCGAAAGGCUGUGCUGAUAUAAAUCCCAUUACCUGCCAAGAUUGUUUACUGUCAUGAGGUAGGAUUUCUCGCCUAGUUGCCCAUUCAGCUACCCCAGAUGAGCUCACCAGGAAGCACUACUCUCCACUCAGGCUGUCUUACUGCUUCUUCACCCCAAAAAAGCUGCACCUCUACUUGUUACCCACAUUUCUCGAACCUGCAUGAUUUGGGAGAUGGGAAGUUUGUUGGGAGAUGUAAUACAGAUAUAUGGAGAGAGCUGGAAAACUUGGACAAGCUCUCUUCACAACAGCCCUUCUGGUUUUUAUCACCUUCAUCUCCAUCCCCAGCUCACAGAUUUCUUUGAUCAGUUUCUUUGCAUGGAAAAGCUGCAGUAGCAGCUGUGUUUGGCUUGUAGCUGCCUCUGUCCUGUGACAAACCCAAAAUGAAUGUCAGACCAGUGGGAAAUCCAACAAAUGUGAUGGUGGGUGAGACAGAGAGCAGGCUGGAAUUUCUCUUCACCUGCCUGAAGGCUGUGGGGCUGAGGGUUCCUCACGCUACUGUUAAACCUUGGUGUGAUCCAGCAGGCCAAGCUGGCCACCUUCACCCUCCCGUUCUCAGUGCUGCGGGAUGUUUGGGAUCCAAGCCCCAGGUCCCAGCCCUGCCAGCCCAUGUGCUCCUGGUGCAGGCUGGAGACCUGCAGCAGAGGCACUAGUGGGAUGCCUCUUGGCUGUGCUCCUGCUGUGCUGUGGCAGGAUGCUGUAGAACACUCUGGUAGGGCUGUAGUUCUGCAGGGAGAAAGACUCUUUCAGAGGAUAGUCUUUGCAGGGGAGAAAAUUCAGAAAGUUUUUUUUUACCCUUUUGCAUAUUUUUAACCAUUUUUACUCUUUCCACAGAGGCUAUUGAACCUUCAGUUUAAUAAAGGAAACGAGCCACCAUGAAAUAGCUUUCUGAAGGGUCUGAAAGCAGGUGCUACUUGCAUGCAGAGCUGGUCUGUGCCUGACCUGCAACUUUCAGACCUCAUUGUACAUCCUGUAGCUGAAUCUCCCUGUGCAACGGGGACUAGGGUGGGAGUCAGCUUUGGCCAUCAUGCCAAGCAGACAUGGCUUCCCAAACUGAAGAAGAAUCAGACCAGGAAGCGGAGAAGGUACAGCGACAGUAGAAGGAUAGGUAGUUAUUACAGGUAAUCUUUGGUAUCCGUGUCCAGUGAUUAGUCCUAGAAUUGCAAGCCUUGUUAUAUUGCACACGUCCUCCUUCCACUCCUCAAAGCAGCCAUCACCUUUCCUCCCCCCAACCCCAUGCACAUGUGAUGAGCAUCAGAGGCGGUUGCACCAAAGUGACUCUUAGCCUGGUUCUGCAUCCCCUAAACCCACCCGAACCCAAGGCAGCCCCGACAGUUGUCGGCCAUCACAAGUGCAGUAACUCCACUCGGGUUUCUUUCCUCGUGUACCAUAGUUUCCUCCGCAUGCACUCUAGCAGGGCAGUACAGGAGGCUCUGACCAUGUCCCAAGAAGCUACUUUUCCCCCGGCAGCACCUUGCAGACAUGCACCUUAUUGGGAAGGUACUGUGUCAAUGCUGGUGAGAUCAAGCGCUGCCAAUCUUGUGUAGGUGGCAGCUGAUGGGGAUACGCUGGGGGAAGCUGGCAGAAAGUGGCUACUGUCCCUUUUCUUUUCUUUUUUGAUGGAGAGGGGGAUUUUUUUGGCAUUAUGAUUAUUGUCCACCUUCCAGUGGCCAAGUUCUGGGCUGCAUUAAUAAUUGGGGUUCAUUGGCUGGCUGGGCAAGUAUGGAGCUUUGCACCAACCUUAAUAGCAAACGUCAUGGCUGUAUCCAGAGCCUGGAUUCAGGCUGGGUUUGUCCCAUACUAGCAGAAAGCUUUCAGCAGGCUCCCAAUAGACAUUUUUGGCAGACAGGGAAACAUCACUCCUUCGAGUCCGGAUCAAAUCUGCGAUUUCAUUUCGCGUCCUCAGCUUGGAAAAAACCCAAGCAAAUGCUUGCUGGGUCUCCUUUCCCCAUGCAGUGCCUAGCACCCCAGGGGAGGGGGUAGCAGGAGGCAUUUCAGGAUCACCAAAAGCAAGAUCCUUUUUGGAUGUAUUUGAUGGUAAUAUCUUUCAGGAGGAGACACCUCCUGACCUUUGAGUUAUUCUCAAGAGCAGGAGAUGAAUUUCCACUGUCCUUGCAUAUAGUGAAACAUAGCUGAAACAGCCAAAUGCGAAGUAGAGUUAAAUGUAGGGUUUGACCUGAAUAACCUUUUAAUUAGGAAGAUAAAUUUGUUGUAGCUUGACCUUAGUCCAUGUUAGGAACUUGCUAAUCAUUUGACAUGCAGAGUGUAUUAAUGCACUUAACUUGGCCAUUGGUUUUAUUAUCUGGUUUUGGGAGUUUUUUCACUCCUGAAGCAUCAGUCUGCAUCUUGUAUGGGUUUUCUUUUCUUUUUUUUCCCAUUCAGAACAUGUAGCACACUGUUGUACUUCUGUUUCCGUCUGCGUAGAGUAUUGCCUUAACAGAUCAGUUGUGUUGUGGUUUGUUUUAGGUUUUCUACCAUCAGUUUUAUGCAUUAAUUUAUUUUAAAAUGUGGGGGUUUUUUUCAAAAACACAAAACAUGUAUAAUAUUUUUUUUAACAUUUCCAUUGCAGUAUUUAUCAUUGUUACUGGUUGUGUGUAGUGUAACAGAAUUAAUGAUAUUAAAAAGCAUACAUAUGAAAA